AUGAAGUCUCUUCUCUUUCUCUCCCUCCUGGCUACGGCCACUGCUAUUCCCGUUGAAUCUGAUUCUCUCGAUGACGCCCUCGUCUUGCUCGGCGAUGGCAGCACCCAACGCAUCAAGAAACAAGAUCUCUCCUCUCUCUUCACUCCCCCCAGAGAAGUCCCUCACUUCCUCGAAACCCACGCCAACAACACCAACUACAAGCGUGGCAGCGACGUCGAGCUCAUCAUCGAACUGCCCGAUGAAGACUUUCUCGGCUGGGACACGGCCAUGUCGACCGUGACGCACGCCAACGAGGCAGACGUCAGCCUGGCCAUCAUGUCGGGACAAAACAUCGCCAACAGCGUGUCUGUAUCGACGGGCGUGGAUGUCACUCUCGUCAAGGACUUUCUCAGUUUCUCCUCGAGCAUCGACUACCAGCAUUCAGUCACCAGUUUGGUUUCCGGCACGGCGACCUUGACCAUCCCCAAGAAUCGAUGGGGAUGCAUCGUGAGCAACCCAAAGACGCACCGACGCAGUGGAUAUGUCUACAAGGGGACACCGGGUGGAGCGUCGACGUUCAACCACUACCAGGCCGAUUCGUUUGAGGAUUCCAGCUACAACUACAAUGGAGGGAAAUUGUCGUGGGUGAAGGGCGUGGUGACGACCUGUCUGGGAGACAAAUACCCUCUUCCCCGCUGCCUUGGACAGGGGACUUUGGAGUGA